AAAAGAGCUGCAUUAAAAAAGAUUUGUUGGCAAAUUUUAGAAGCUGCUGAGAUGUCCUGAUUUUAAAUGUUCAACGUUAGAUUACUAUGAAUGUUGUACCUAAGACAAUUGGAGGUAUACUCCAUAACCUGAAUAAAAGUGCAUCUGACUGGGGAUGGCCUAACCUCCUUGCUUAUGGCUGUCAGACUGCUGUUGUAGUGGUUGAUACAAGGACUGCCCAGAUUAUUCAAACUCUUGAGAAGCAUAAAAGUCAUGUGACGAGGGUAAAGUGGGCACGUGAGAAUUAUCAUCAUACAAUAGAAUCUCCGUACACACUACGGCUUGCCUCCGCCGACAACUCCGGUCACAUCAUUGUUUGGGAUGUCAGUGAAGCUUGUGAACGCAGCAGUUUCUCUGAAGGCAAUAAACCUGUUUUGGAGAUGGAAUGGCUUUCCACACAAGAUGCAUCCCAUGACCUUCUGGUAGCUCUUCACCCACCUUACUCAAUAAUCUUAUGGAACGUUGCAACUGGCACUAAACUUUGGAAGAAGACUUUCACAGAUAACAUUCUUUCUAUGACAUUUGACCCCUUUGACCCAUCUAACCUAACAUUGCUUGGUAAUGAUUGUAUCCUAUUUGUCAACGACUUCUCAAUUGCUAAGCCACCCUCAAGCAAUGGACGUAAAUUCUACAUCACAUCCCCAAACUCGACUCCUAGCCCAUCAGGUAGCAGCAACAACCUUACCUCAGGAGAAAAGAAAAAUGGAGGGAAAUCCAAAGGAGCAUUCAAUAGAGUGCGCCUCCUGGUUGGUGAUAAUAAACCAAAAAAUGGUGAGGGCGGUAGCUCUGAUGUGGACCCAAUCUCGUUGAACGACUGCAUUCAGUUAUGUUACCUACAGUCUUGCCGACAUCAUCUUCUUUUGUUGUACACGCGUGAAAUCCUCAUUCUGGACCUUGAGAUUAAUCAAACCGUCGGAACAAUCCCUAUGGAAAGAAGCGGUUCUCCAUUCCAGAUGGUUUAUCCUUGCAGACAACGUGAUGUGCUUAUAUGUAUGCAUGAGAAUGGUAGCAUCAGUGUUCGUGUGCGGCGCAAUGGACAGUGCGCCAACCCUCUCACGGCAGCAACGCCAAUUGACCAAAUAGGGAGUUUUAACAAUUUUCCAGGUGAUGGGGGAAGCGGUUUUGACCAGCUUGAUGUAAUAUAUGACCUACGUUGCCAGUCAGAUCCCCUGCGUGUCACCAAGCAUGUGCGUGCAUUCAGCAUCGCGGUGUCAUCAUCAACAGAACGUAGCAUUGCUCUUGUUAUGAGUGACGGCCGCAUUCUCUUCUGGAACAUGAUCACCAUUGACUACAUUCCAAGUACCAUCAGCAACACCCAUUCUCAGCUUGUCCUCACACCGCUGUACUCUCCUGGACUAUCCAGCGACAGUAACGGGGAAUUUGAAUUUUUACCGCCAAUAAAAUCACCUCAGAAAUCGCAAGCUGCUGCACCGUACCCAAAAAUGUGCUUAUCUGAUCUCAUUGGACACACUCAGGUACUUGGAAGCGAGAAACAACAACACGGACAUGAAGUUAUCUUAAAGUUUGUCUUGACAGGCUUGUUGAGCGGCGUCGGUCUGAUGCCGACUGUAAUUCGUAUGUGUCCACCGCUUACUACCAAGAAUCUUUCAUACCAUAAACCGUUGGUUGCAGUGGGUACAGCAACUGGUCUGGUGCAAGUAUUCAACUUGUCCACUGGGGCUCUUGUCAAAGAGUACAACAUACACAUAUCCAACAUUAGAGGUAUUGAGUGGGUCAACCUCAACAGCUUCUUUUCCUUCAGUCAUCCAAACCCCAAUAAUAAUGGACUAGUCCGAAAUGAGCUUCUUCUAUUGGAUCUCCAAACAGGACGGACUAUGCCAUUCAGGAAAGAAAAGGGGGAAGAGUCACCUAUUGAAGCUGUAAAAGUUUCUCACCUCAAGCUUUAUUUUAUUAUAAUGUUCAAAGAAAAGGCAUUCGAAGUAUGGGAUAUGAAGUCAUGUACAAUGCUCAGAGAAAUGCCUGGGAACUUUCCUAUAAUCACAACUUUGGAAUGGUCACCAUCACAUAAUGUCAAGAAUUUAAAGAAACGACAACAGGCUUUACAAGAAUCAUUAACGGGCAACUUGCCUGCUAAAGAUGCGACUCCAGUUACAACACAUAUACUAGAUACUGUUGGGGUACACACUAGCACUAAAACUGCUUCACCAUCCAUUGCUCGAGAGCAUUUUGUGUUUACGGACAACAAUGGACUUCUGUAUCAUUUCAUUGUUGAGGGCAGUACAGUUAAAGAUGGUUCCAAGAUGCCACCUGAGAGUGGAAUGGGUAGUGUGACAUGUAUUGCAUGGAAACAGGACCUGAUGGUAUUAGGUGACACUGAAGGCAACUUAAAUCUCUGGGACAUCAAGGGUAAAAUAUCCAGGAAUGUACCUACACACCGUGGAUGGCUGAAGAAGUUGAAGUUUGCUCCCGGGAAAGGCAAUAUGAGAUUAAUGGUGCUAUGGAAUGAUGGCGUUGAUAUAUGGGACACAUCAUCAAUUUCCAGAAUUAGUGGUCUUCGUGGUAAUAAGGAGAGUUUCAAAGUGCUGGAUUCUGAUUGGGCGUCAUCUGAUAAACCAGUUGUGCUUACCGAAGAUGGAUGCUUGAGAGUGUAUGACGUAGAGCUUAAGACUACCUGUACAUCCCUGGCGCAUAGUGUGCUUCCAGAACCUGUUUUCUGCCCUCAUCUGCUGACAGCAAAGGCCGGGCUAGCCAUGAAAUAUACCAUCCAACACCAGGCCUGGAAUGACUCGUACACCUUAGAACUUUCAAGUGAAUAUGAAACUCCAGAAGAUGAAAACAUCAUUGAGCUGGUGAAUACCCAGAUGAAUAUCUUGCCAAUGGAGAUCCAGUCCUACUUGGCUUCCUGUCCAUACGGAACAGCUCAACGUUGCUUGUUUGCUGCCAAUUUAUUUGGAGAUGAAGCAGAGAUGAACUUCUGGACUGUGGCACUGCAUUACUUGAAGAGCGAGCAAGCCAGACUUAGCUGUACAGUUCACAAGAAUUGCACAGAGCUUGCAGCAACACCCUCAACGUCCAACAUCUAUCUCCCUGGAGAUCCUCUAGACCCAAUGCAUAUAGCAGGUUGCAGUGAUCUAUUGCAUCUUACAGAUGGGAAGGAUAAUGCUGGAAAGCAAUGCACGUGCCUCAAGGAACCAUCUCUGGACUUCUGCUAUGAUACCCUCUGUACCAACCAGUCAUAUAAGCACUACCAACUGGAACGUCUGAGUCUCCAUGACAGCAAGAGGGCGACAUAUACACAUACUAAGAAAUGUGCAGAAAAUUUGAUGCUUCUGGGACAGACUGAUAGAGCUGUACAACUUUUCCUUGAAACUGAAUCAGAGAAUGACAGUUAUUACGUGGACCUUUUGAGGGCGUGCUUGGUGGCAACGAUCAGGUCUUCUGGUGCGUCUCAGAGUACAAUUAAACUAGUAGCAACAAGUCUCAUAGCAAAUGGUAGAUUAUCGGAGGGAGUGCAAUUGCUGUGUCUGAUUGAUAAAGGACUGGAUGCCUGCAGGUAUCUACAAACCUAUGGUCAAUGGAAUCAGGCAGUGUGGCUAGCCAAGGCGACCCUGAGCUAUGCAGAGUGUUGUGAAGUGCUUAAACGCUGGGUUGACUUCCUUUGUACUCCGAAUGUCAACCAGAAAUCAAUGGCCAUCUUGGUUCUGCUUUCAAUGGGACAAUUUCAAAGGGUGCUGGAGAUGCUUAUGAGCCUUCACUACUAUGACAGAGCAGCCAUGUUAGCUGAGGCAUGCGCUGAGUUCGAUGUUCUCCCUGAAAACAAGAUAAUCAGAAGUCUUCUGGAAAAGAUAUACAUUGAGUAUGCACGAUACCUGCUGUCACUAGGCAACAAGAAGGGGUAUGGAUACUUCUGCAACAAAGCAGCAGAGAAGGCGAAGAAAGUAAUCACAGAUCUGGAGUGGUCAUAAUGGCAUUUUAUGUCUGUCAAAAAUAAAUGCUUUUUGAAAUGUUCUAGUAGAGAAAUACAAGCAUGAUAAAGCUAGAUGUGCUAUGUAGUCACAAGCCAGGUCAUGUGACCAACUAAAAUGAUCCUGACCUGGAAUGGCUGUGUGAUUAUAUAUAGAUCAGGUAUAGUUCUGUGAUCAGGUUUUUGAAUUAGUGUUUUUAUCUUGAAUGAUCCUGUUAUGAAACACAUGGAACAGUCCUGUGAGGACGAAAGUCCUAAAAUCAUUCAUUUGGAAGGAAACCCAUUUUAUAUGGAGCAUAAUAUGUGCUAAAAUAUCUCGGAAUAGCUUAAAAUAGCUCAAAAUUGCCGGUUUUUCUGGAAGCCAGGAGGCUGGGCCCGACACCACAGAAAUUUUCAGACCUUCCUGACAGGCUGCUUAAACUCCACCCUGUUGGGCAAGUCUUGAUGCCACCACUGCUGCUACAGUCCUUAAGCUGCAUGUAUAACCAAUCAUAUUUUGUCAAGGUAAAAAGGAAGGUGUACACAAGACAGCAGUCAUUCAAAAGGGAGUACCUUACCAAAAUAAGUUGAGAUUAUGAAUCAAGCUUAUUAACCAUUUCAUACUUAAACUCUUCACCUUUUGUUAGGCCUUUAAUUCAUCAUUACUCCUCCACAUAUAUGAAAUAUACUUGUACCUAAAUCUACAAUGUAACUUGUAUGUAAUAUUCAGCAUCAUAUUGUUGCAGAAGUAUUUUAGAAUAUUUAUUAUAAGCAUUAAUUGUGCAAAAUUUAUAUGAGGUAGUUUUCAGUGAGGCAACUAUACAUAUCCUCUUAAUUAGAAAAUAUUAAUCUGAGAUUUGUGUGUAAAUAGAAAAAUGUUUUAUUAAAAUGGCAAUUUUUUAGAUUUUAUUUGGGUGGGAGGUUUCAAAAGUUUUGAAAUACCUUGUUACAGUGCCCGGUUUUGACAAUGUGUUAUCAAUAAUUGACCAAUUAGAACCCAGAUAUUGGACUGCAUGAAACCUAAUUAUGUGUACAUCUGUAAUUAAAGCUACAUUGAAGCUUUAUUGGUUUAGAGUUGUGCAAUUGUAUUGAACAUUAUUAAAUAAUGCAGAUAUAGUAUGGUAAUGUUAUGCUAAUGUUAGGCUAAUAUACUCGGAUUCAGUAAAAAUAUAUUUGUAUCUGUUGAGUACCAAAUGCCUAGGAAGCAUGUUAUGAUACUGUUAUAUAAUAAUACAGUAAUAAAAAAAGAUACACUUCAUAUCAUUGUAUUUAUAUUUUUGUGCAUUUUCAAGUGAAAAAUUAAAUAUCGUAACUGAUGCAUUUGAAGAUUA